GGGAAUUUGUAGACAAUUAUCCCCGUGGACCGGCCGUGGGGUGUUACGAUCCGGAUCUGACUAGGCCUGGAGAAAUAGGCCGGGCCCCGAGAAGUGGAUGAUAUCAAGUGUAAGCAGAGACAUAUUUGGCCGUCUUUUCCAAGUCUUGAUGCUAUGAGUGUUUUGCUCCUUCCUUUUCUAUUGGUCUCCGCCCAAAACAAUUCCUGAACACCCAGCAUCCCAUUCUUCGUCUCUUUUCGCAGGAGACCCUACCCCCAAAACCCCUGCUUGAACAACUCAAAAAAACGAUGGAAAGCCUGCAAGGCCUCUAUCAUAACCUCCCCAGCGCGAAUCCGCGGGCGUGGGGCCCGGCGGAGCUAUCUAUCGUGGUCCCGCUCACCGUGCACUGGGUGGUGGCGCUCGUUUACGAGACCUUCGACGCCUUUGGGCUCUUCCAGAGGUACCGGCUGCUGCAGCCCGACGAGUUCUCCAAGAACAAGGUGACAAAGCUCGAGGUGGUGCGCGGCGUGUUGGUGAACCAGGCCAUAAUCAUCGUCGUCGGCUGGAUCGGUCUCGCGCUCGAGCCCGGCCUCAACGACCAGAGGCCCGCGGACCCGUUCGGCAUCACCCAGGAGGCCAUAAGGAGCAUCGAGGACACCAAGGCCAUCGUCCAGUCGCCAGCUCUGACCUGGCUCGCCUACUCCGCCGUCACUGUGGCGCGCAUCUUUGCGGCCCUGUUUGUGUACGACACAUGGCAGUUCUGGGUGCAUCUCGCGUUGCACAUGAGAUGGGCAUACAAGAGAAUACACCUGUGGCAUCAUCUCCUGAACGCCCCGUGGUCGUACGCGGCGACCUACGUACACCCGUUUGAGAGCUUCCUCCUCGACGCCCUCGGCCCCUUCGUGACGUGCCUGAUCGUCGGUCUCACCGCACGGGAGCGCGUGGCCGUGUUUACGCUCAGCGUGCUCAAGACGCUCGACGACCAUUCCGGCUACCGCUUCCCCUGGGACCCCAUCAUCCUCUUUGGGGGCAUGACGGGCAGCGAUAUUGUCUACCACACGGUCCACCAUCAAUCGUGGGGAAUCAAGUCAAACUACGCGCUCUGGUUCACGUUCUGGGACCGCGCGAUGGGGACCAUUUACAAGGGGCCAAAGUCUUUGAACGUCACGCCUCAGUUUGCCGAAUUCCGUGAGGUCGGAAAGGUCGCCAAGACGGAACAUGUCGAAUGAGUGUCGCCCGAGUCAAUGUGCGUGAUACGGGCUUGGCGUUGAUGGAAUGCUGGGCAUUGAGCUUAUGUAGUAACGUUUGUAUGGUGCCUGCUCUCUUCCCUUUUUCUAUGGCAAUGGGAGAACUUAGGGGAAGAACAACCCGCCGGAGCAAGUCGGCGAAUUUCUGGGAUAUGUAAAAAUCACGACGCGCAGCUGGCGCUCAAAUAAGUGAUGUGAAUCUGGAGAAAAUACUUUUAGAUACAUUACAUGCCCAUAUUUGGUACCACUUUCCACUUUUCAUCAUAUUACUAGAUCUGUGGUGUCCUAGAGCACGAACUUCAACCCUCACUCGACGUCUGCAACCGGAUCACUAAGAAAGUGUGGGGUAGAAUCUGCGACGAGCAGCCCG